GACGACGCAGCGCGCGGGCGUCGGCGUCAUGGCGUCGGCCGGCCUGCCCUGCCUGCUCAGCCGCUUCCCGGCCGCAGCGUGGAGACCGGCAAGAUCACCCCUUCUGUGUCAUUCUUUGAGGAAAACGAAUUCUUCUCAAGGAGGAAAGUCUGAACCCGUCAAACAGUCCCUGAAGAAGCCAAAGUUACCAGAAGGCCGUUUUGAUGCACCAGAAGAUUCCCAUUUAGAGAAAGAACCACUGACAAAAUUUCCAGAUGACGUUAACCCUGUUACCAAAGAAAAAGGUGGACCCAGGGGCCCGGAACCUACCCGCUAUGGAGACUGGGAACGAAAAGGACGCUGUAUUGAUUUUUAAGCCAUUUAUUCUUUAACUUCAGUGUCUUUUUCUGAAUAUGCACAUCUGAAUUAACUGAUUAUUUUCUUUCUGUAUAUCCUUUAAGUCAUCUAAUUUCUAUAAUGUGUUAAAAAAUAUGUAUGAUGGCUUUGGAAGAAAAUUUGCUGCUAUAAAUUAGGAAAGGGAAAAUAUUCCUACAUUAGCACUUUAAUUUUAAUUUAAAUGUAUCAAGGUAUAUAAGUGAUGAGAAAAGCGAACUUUUCUUUCAUCAUUUUUCAGUUUAAUCAGUUGCUUAUAAAAUGCAAAUGUAAAUAAAAUAACUUUUUUUAAUGAUUGCA